GUACUCCUGCACACAGAGGAGAAUUGUGGAGCUUGUCCUUCUCACCGCGAGGCUGAUCGCUGCAUAAGGCAGUCUGUGUGCUCUGUGUGUGCUUCAGCUUUCUCAAUCACACCCAAGCCAUGUGUUUGCCAAGUCUUAUUUGCACUGAUGUAAAGACUAAACAGGGGCACUCGUCCCUGUCCUCUGUCUCUGGCUCAGCAGAGGCCUCCAGUAUCUCCACCUCAUCCCGACUGAAGUAUGCCUCUCUGGGGGUGCUGGUGUUCCAGACCACCUCCUUGGUGCUGACAAUGCGUUAUUCCCGUACCUUGCACACAGAAGAACCCCUCUACUUGGCAUCAUCUGCUGUGGUGUGUGCUGAACUUCUUAAGAUUGUUGCUUGCAUUCUGCUUGUCUUCAGAGAUCACAGUUUCAGUGUUCGUUCACUGAAUCUGGUGUUGAAGGAGGAAAUAAUCAACAGACCUCUGUUAACUCUGAAGCUGGCAAUUCCCUCAGGAAUCUACACCCUGCAAAACAACCUUCUCUACGUGGCUCUGUCAAACCUAGACGCAGCUACUUACCAGGUCACGUAUCAGCUGAAAAUUCUCACUACAGCGCUGUUCUCUGUGUCCAUGCUGGGCAAAAGACUUGGCAUUUACCAGUGGCUUUCACUAGUCAUUCUAAUGUUUGGCAUUGCUCUUGUCCAGUGGCCAACUGAAGUCUCAUCGAGCACCGGUGAAAAAGAUUUGACCGCCAGUUCUCAGCUGAUUGGACUGCUGGCUGUGCUUGUGGCCUGCUUCUCCAGUGGAUUCGCUGGUGUUUAUUUUGAAAAGAUCCUCAAAGAGAGCAAGCAGAGUGUCUGGGUCCGCAAUAUUCAGCUAGGUUUAUUCGGACUUGUUUUUGGAUUUGGAGGAGUGUUUACAUACGAUAGAGAAAGAGUGCUGGAGAACGGACUCUUUCAAGGUUAUAACAAUGUGACAUGGUCUGUGGUGGCUCUUCAGGCUUUAGGUGGGUUGGUCAUUGCAGCUGUCAUCAAGUAUGCAGAUAACAUCCUGAAGGGCUUCGCCACAUCCAUCUCAAUCAUUCUGUCCACCCUCAUCUCAUAUUUCUUAUUGGACGAUUUCGACCCGACUAGUGUGUUCUUCCUGGGUGCGAUGCUGGUCAUCGCCGCUACAUUUCUCUACGGGUGUGAGAGGACACCUGCCAUCUGCACUAGUAAAGUAUAGAAGACUGGACACAGGAGGAUCAAUUAAACAAGUGUGCAAGGAUGCUUUGCUUGAGGUGUUGUUUAGGACAAAAGAACUAAUGACAUUUGGAGAAUGCGUUUAGAAGGCAGCACAGAAAAACAAAUGAACCUAAUAUUACUGCUGUCCAAAACCUUGCAUCACAAGCAGACAAAGGAGGCACAUUCCCAUCUUAGGGCCGGGACACACUGAGAUAAGGCCAAAUAACUAGUUCAGAUGAAACCAACUGUGUUGUUGGCUUGUGUUUGGUGUCGUCUGGACCAAAAUGCUUCAUGUGAACACCAAACAUACGACAGCCGACUGAAACGAGAGUUUAUUCUGUGCCUGUGAGAGUGAACACGGCUUUCUGCGUUCGUCUGUUCUCUCAUUCCUCAAACGGAAACCAGAAGAUGAAAUGUGCAUAAUGUAAAUGCGCAAACUUGCCAAAAAAUCGAAUAAUCCUUAACGUUUGCAAAACUCUGAAUGAAAUAUUAGUGAAAUUUAAUUUGUUUUAUUUGUGUUGCUUCUUGAUUUGAAUUGUUUACUUUGGUAUGUCAGUUCAGUUUUUUUCUCAUGCUCUGAUUCAUUGCUGAAUUUCAGAGCUCUCUUCAGCCAAUGACCAGCACCAAUACUACAUGCUGAAUCGGGGAAAUUCGAUCCAACUUUAACCCAAUAAGAGGCGAUGUGUGGAACACCAAACCAACUAGCCGUCUGUCUCCCAGCAUUUACACCUGGGGCCUCAUGUACGAAGACUUGCGUUGAGUUCAUACGAAAACAUUGCGUGUACACAAAGCUGUAAAAGUGCGUACGCAGUAAAAAAUUCAUAUGUAUGAAA